AAGGGCGCUCAAUACUUUGAUUAACGCGCAUAUAUCUCUUUCUUGCUAUCUUCCUCUUGCUCGUCGACAUCAUGGCCGUCGACGACCUCUCAAAAGGCGACAUCGCUACAGCACAGCACCAGGGUGACUUCACCGUCAAGCCCGAGCCAGUGCUUCCGACACUGGACACAUCCCAAUGGCCCCUACUGCUAAAGAACUACGACAAGCUCCUCGUGCGCUCUGCACACUUCACCCCCAUCCCUUCCGGCUCCAGCCCGCUGAAGCGCGACCUGACGUCCUACAUAAAAUCAGGGGUCAUCAACCUGGACAAACCGUCAAACCCCUCCUCGCACGAAGUUGUCGCCUGGCUGCGGAGGAUCCUACGAGUAGAGAAGACAGGUCACUCAGGCACACUUGACCCCAAAGUCACGGGAUGCCUGAUCGUCUGCAUCGACCGCGCUACGCGGUUAGUCAAGUCCCAACAAGGCGCGGGGAAGGAGUACGUCUGCGUGCUCCGGCUACACUCUGCGCUCUCGUCGGAGAAAACGCUUCCCCGAGCACUGGAAACGCUCACAGGUGCGCUCUUCCAGCGCCCACCGCUUAUCUCCGCUGUGAAACGACAACUGCGGGUGCGGACGAUCCACGAGUCCCGCUUGCUGGAAUUUGACAACCAGCGGAAUUUGGGUGUCUUCUGGGUCAGCUGCGAGGCGGGGACGUAUAUUCGGACGCUGUGUGUGCAUCUGGGGUUGUUGUUGGGCGUUGGAGGACAUAUGGAGGAGCUGAGACGAGUGAGGAGUGGAGCGUUGAGCGAGAACGACGAGAUGGUCACUAUGCACGACGUGCUGGACGCGCAGUGGGUGUAUGAUAACACGCGAGACGAGUCGUAUUUACGACGAGUUAUCCGACCGCUGGAAUGCUUGCUUACCGGAUACAAGCGGAUCGUUGUAAAGGACAGUGCGGUGACGGCUGUGUGCUACGGUGCAAAACUCAUGAUCCCUGGUCUGCUGCGGUAUGAAGCCGAUAUCGAGGUACACGAAGAAGUGGUGCUCAUGACCACUAAAGGGGAAGCGAUCGCACUGGGUAUAGCCCUCAUGUCUACCGUCGAACUAGCGACAUGCGACCACGGGGUCGUCGCCAAAGUGAAGCGGUGUAUCAUGGAGCGCGACCUGUACCCGCGACGAUGGGGCCUGGGCCCGAAGGCGGUUGAGAAGAAGAAGAUGGUGAAGGACGGACUGCUGGAUAAGCAUGGUAGGAAUAUCGAGGGGAAGACGCCGAAGAAAUGGGUGGAGGAGUAUAAGGACUUCACUCGGCCUGAGGGGGAUGUUGUCCCUGCACCUGCUGGCACGAUCUCUACUGAGCCUCCGGUACCGGAAGCGGGGAAGGAGAAGAAGCGGAAGCGGGAUGGGGAUGAGGAGCCUGUUGCGACGGAAGAAGCUGAGGAGCCGGAGAAGAAAAAGAAGAAGAAGAAGAAGCACGAGGAGGCGAAUGGGGACGUGAGCAUGGUUUCUGUGGAAGCGAGUGGGGAGACGCCGAAGAAGAAGAAGAAAGAGAAGAAGGAGAAAGAGGGAGAACAAUAG